CGCUGACAUCAGCAGCCGUAGCUAGCUCACAGCUGCAUCAGUCUAGUUUUGUAACGUGUUGUUGUCGAUGUCAACGAAACGUCCCGUCUGCGUGACGUAUGAUAUAAGCUUAAGAGACCCUGCAGUUGGUGAACGUCAUCAAUACAACAUUCAACCAAUAGAAAAUUCUUUUUUCUUUCAUUCGCGAGUGAAAGGAAACUGAAUAGAAAGAAAUGGGAGCCACGUUGUAAUUGGUGAAGCUGCCACAGGGCUGACAAGUGAUGACCUUUCAACUGCAUGACCUGGCAUGCUUGGUGGACCGGUGAGCCGCUGCCGCGUGGAGUGGAUGUUGCGUGGUGUGGGUUCAAGAUGCCAGUGAAUGUGUCAGCCUGAACGACUUUGAUGCUUCUGUGAAUUGCAUCUGGCCUGCAAGCAUCCUGAUUCCGUGCCGAGAACAUGUAUUGUGCUGUAUCAUGGAGUUUUCACGUAGGAGAUAACAAUUGCUUUUGACAUCCAUGGUUGAAGCUUCUAGCAGAACGGUAGAAGUUUAAGACAUGCAUUGUAUUUGCAUCAAAGACACCAAGACAUGUUUACCUGGGACAUAUUGUUUUGUGGCUUUCUGUGUUGUGGUUUCCUGCAUGUAUGUACUAGGUUAAUAUACAGUGAUGUAAAAAGACAGUUUGGUGGAUGUAGACAUUGAAGGCAACCUGCCAGCAUUCUGGGGUCAGCAAUAUUAAGAAGCCUUCUUGGUGACAUUUGUGGCAAGGCUUUCUCGUGCAGCGGUAACCUUUAACAUUAAUCAACAUGAAUGUCCAGACCACAGAGAAACCAUUCAUUUGUGACAUUUGUGGCAAGGACUUCUCUCGAAAUAGUAAUCUUCAGGCACAUGAAAGGACCCACACAAACGAGAAACCAUUUGUUUGUGAGAUUUGUGGCAAGGCCUUCUCACGCAAAGGUUCCCUUCAGCGUCAUGUAAUCGCGGUCCACGAAAAUGAGAAACGGUUUGUUUGUGGCACUUGUGGCAAGGCCUUCUCAUGUAGAAGUUCCAUUCAACGUCAUGUUACCGAGGUCCACAAAAACGAUGAACCGUCUGUUUGUGACAUUUGUGGCAGGGUCUUUUCGAACUGCAAUUAUCUUCAACGACACAUGAGGAUCCACACCAAAGAGAAGCCAUCUGUUUGUGACAUUUGUGGCGAGGAAUUCUCACGUAAGAUUUCUCUACAAAACCACAUCAAGAUCCACACCAAAGAAAGGCCAUAUGUUUGUGUCUUUUGUGGCAAGGAUUUCGCACGUAAAGGUGACCUUCAAGAUCACGAAGAGUUCCACACCAAGGUGAAGCCAUUUGUUAGUGACAUUCGUGGCGAGGCCUUGGGCAGUAAGCAUAACCUUUUUGGACACUUGAAAAUCCACACCAAAGAGAAGUCAUCUGAAUGCGACAUUUGUGGCAAGGCCUUUGGAAGUAAAAGCGACCUUCGUGGACAUCUGAGAAGCCAUACCAAAGAGAAGCCAUAUGUCUGUGACAUUUGUGGCAAAGGCUUCACAUUUGAAAGAUAUCUUCGAAUACAUAAAAAAGUCCACACCAAAAACACCAAAGAGAAGCCAUUUGUUUGUGAAAUUUGUGGCAAGGGCUUCUCAUUUAAGAGAUAUCUUCAAGCACACAAAGGAAUCCACACUGAAGAGAAACCAUUUGUUUGUGACAUUUGUGGCAAGAGCUUGUCACGCAGUAGCUCUCUCCAAGCGCAUAAAAAGGUCCACACCAACGAGAAGCCAUACGGUUGUGACUCAUGUGGCAAGACAUUCUUGCACAAAAGAAGCCUGUCGCUUCAUAUUCCUCCAUGUGAGAGGAACACGCUAAAACGCAACCAGCAGUCACCUGUGAUGGUUGCUGGGUACACCUGUCAAGUAGGGCAGCAGAUGGGCUCAAACAUAAGAGAAGUCAUUUACUUCUAUUCUUGACAUUUGUGGUGAAGCCUGGGCACUGGAGAAGAGCUCUUUUACAAAACAAUAUUCAUGGAACUUACAGUGCCCUUCCCCUGGGAUAUUUUCUACAAUUUUGUGAGAAAGUACUCUGACCAGCCAGAAGCCAUGUUUUUCGUACAGUGUUAUGAAAAUGAGUAUAUGAGUCCACACCAGUGACCACCUUUGACUUGUAAUUAUGCAUGUUAGAAUGUUUUUCGAAGGCAUGAGACGUUUCCACUAGAAUCAAAUGCCCUCGUAAUGUAUAGAAGUGUAAUUAACACUGUUAUAACAAGGUCUUUGGUGCUACUGCAAACCUAUCUAGUUCAAGGUCCUUGGAACUUUCCAAAUUUCCUUGUUAUAAUAGUUAUCUUGUAUGAUCAGUAAUGCAAAACAAAGAAAACUAAUAAAGACUUGAGACCUUAAAUUGUCCUUGUUAAUUGUUAUAACCACGAUCUUGUAUUAACAGUGCUUUUAUCUGUGUUUGACUGUAAAUCCAUUCUAUGAUUGAGCACAUGAUAUAAAUGUCAUCUUGAUGUUUUUUAAGUUGGAGUUUACGGCAUUGUCGAUUCACAGCGUGCUUUUGGUGUACAUAUGUAUGAGUACAUGUGUUAAAGUCCACUUCUUGGGUUUCAUUCAUUUCACUUUCUUUCACCCACAAAGGUGGAGGAACCACUAAGAAGCACGGCUUGUCGAGUAGGGACUCCUAUACAGACAUAACUGGACAUAUAAGACAAAAACAUUACAUGUAAGUCAUCUACAUAUAACAAUUUAAGAAAAAAAUGUAUAAUUUUAAUACAUGUAUGGUUUCCUUUCCCGUUAAAAGGGUUUUUUUGGUAGUCAUAUCACAACAUUGGCUGAUUACGGUGUGUACGAUUUACAGCAGCUUUCACUCCAAUGACUUGUUUUAUGUUUGAGUCAUCUGCUUUUUAAAAAAAAUAAGAACCGAUAAAAGAUCCAUUUUCACUAUCUUGUAAUUUAUGUUGCGUAAACUCCAUGAAGUAGAGGGCGUUCGUAGUAAGUAAUACAAUACAAGUAACACCCAGGUAAACAUGUACUUCACGUGCAGUCAGGGUAGGGAACAGCCUUGGUCAAGGCGGUCGUCAUUGGCCGCACCGCACUGGCAACCUCAUGUAUUAUCCAUCCCCAUUGUGUACAGUACAUACACGUUCGUAGUGGAAAAUUAAGCCGACAAUACCUUUUCACUGAUAAACUCAUAAUUGUGCACGGGUACGCAUGCGCACAAAUAGCCUUGGCGGCAAGAAGCGGGCCAUUGAAAAUGUACAAGGGUGCGACUUUGAUAACUGUUUUCUCUCAGAUUUUAUCAAUUUUUUCAUUUUUUUCAUCAGAAAAUCCUAUUAAAUCGUUUCUGCUGUUAAACUGCACGAAAGGAGACCGGCUUAGACACGGCAAUCUCGUGCGCACAGGAAAAAUCACGACUGUUAAGUCUUUUUCCAGCGCACUACAAUACCGCUUGGAUUAGAAACUAACAGCAAAAGGUGACGGGACCAAUGAGUAAAAUGGUUCUGUUAUUUACUGUUGCCCUGAAUAAAAAAUCAAUUAGUCGGGGAUACAAAUUUGUUAUCACAUAGGGUAUUUAU